GAAGGAUGAUGUUUCUUCCAGUUCGCUGCCCUGCCUAUUUUCACAGUACGAAUAUCAAUGCAACUGGUUAUGGUACCCCUUGCUAACUGGUAGCUACACCAAACAACAAGCUGGCAGCCAGUCUGCAACAAUGUGUGCGUUAAAGAAAAGAUCAGUCGUCUUCCGACGGCUCGAAAGAACUUCAGUGUUAUUUCAACAGUGGUAGAAAAGGGGUUCUUCUGCCGUCUGUGUUACAAUCAUGAGAGUGUAAAAAUUUGAACACUGAGAGGACCGACAUUUAAAGGAGACCGUCGCACCAGCCAUCAUAAGAAAUAUAUGGCUUUCAUCAUGAUGAAGAAAAAGAAAUUUAAAUUUAAAGUCGAUUUCGAACUGGACGAACUCUCUUCCGUUCCUUUUGUUAAUGGUGUCCUGUUCUGUAAAGUCCGGCUUUUAGACGGUGGUUUUUCGGAGGAGUCAUCCCGGGAGGUUGUCCAAGCCAACUGUGUACACUGGCGGAAGAGGUUCUCCUUCCUGUGUAAGAUGAGUGCCAGUGCCAGCACUGGCGUGCUGGAUCCCUGUGCUUGCAGAGUGUCUGUGAGAAAGGAAGUGAAGGGUGGAAAGACUUACGCAAAGCUAGGAUUCGCUGACCUAAAUUUGGCUGAGUUUGCCGGCUCUGGGAAUACCACUCGGAGAUGUUUACUGGAAGGAUAUGACACCAAGAACACACGUCAGGAUAACUCCAUACUGAAGGUGCUCAUCAGCAUGCAGCUCAUGUCUGGCGACCCCUGUUUUAAAACGCCUCCGUCCACUGCCAUGCACAUAGGGAUACAAGGAGACACGGAAUGUCUCCACGAAGAUCGGAAGGGAGGAGAGUCUCAGAAAACAUUUUUUGGAAUUUCAGAGACCCCAGGAAAGUGUGCCUCUGUUCCCGACGAACUGGCAGGGUGCGGCCACUCCAGAACCUCCAGCUAUGCUAGUCAGCAGUCUAAAGUAUCAGGCUACAGCACAGGCCACUCUCGCUCCUCCAGCCUGUCAGAGUUCUCUCACAGGAGGAACACCUCCAUAGGCAGCGCCUCCACCGGCAUCGCCAGCAUCCCGGAGCCCAGCGAGGAGCGGGAGCCCAGGACAGCGCCCCCCGCUGCCGCCGGCGCGGCCUGCGCCCCUGUGCCCGAGCACCCCGGCACCCCCAUCAAGAGCACCUCCUCCUCAGAGCGCCUCAACAGGCAUCCGGUGAAGCAGGACUCUGUAGAGUCUCAGCUGAAGCGGGUAGAUGCCACCCGGGUGGACGCGGACGACGUGGUGGAGAAGAUCCUCCAGAGUCAGGACUUCACCCCUGGUCUGCUGGACUCCAGUGCUGAAGAGGAGGGUCUACGACUCUUUGUCGGUCCUGGAGGAAGCACUGCGCUUGGCAGCCAUCAUCUCCCCACCAGGGUUGGCGCAGGGGCUUAUGAACAGGUGGUGAUAAAACGUUAGCCACGCGGGCGGCUCAGCUGGGCCCUAACGGGCCGAGGGCAGCAGUAGUACCCGCAGGCUGUAACUCACUUCAUUCCAGCAGCACAGUUUUUAAAACCAGGCCUGAGGUCGGCGGAAUGGACUGCGCGUACGUACGCACCGGCAGCAACAACGCCCCCUGGUGUUGAAGUGGUCAUCGGUUAAGUGAAGUCCAUGUUUGUUUCACUAGGUCAGAAAAUUUUGAUUUAAAGGGGAUUUAUUGGUGCGUUUGUGCUACGCUACAGUGUAACAUAUUGCCAUCCUACCCUGACUGAAAGGCUGUUGGAGAGACCAGAUUUAAGCUCUGUUUGAGUCAGGAGUCAAAUUCUGUGUUCUGUUCAUCUCUGCCAUAUUUCUCAUGUACAGUGUGUGUAUAUAUAGUUAGACUGUAGUUAGACAACUUUAAUUUUAAUGUCAGCUAUGGCCUUCCUGUAAUUCUCUGUUGUAUUGUUCUUGGUUCAUAUGCUGCUAAAUGGUGUUUCAACACCUGUAGUGUUGACACAUUACACAUGAAUCUAUGCUGCUCUGAGCAAUGAUCUCUGAGCUAUGCUGACAAUGGUGUUGGCCAUUGUUGUUGGGGUUAAAAACGUAAAAGCAUGACUAAGGAACUGCAAGCUCAGGAAAAAAAAGAAGACUAGAUUCACUGUGGAGGUUCACUCAGUUCCGAAGAUCCUUGAUGUUAUUGAGGUUGAAAUUCUAAUUCAGGCUCCUCUAUUGAGUUGGAAGACCAAAUGGAGAUCAGAGUGAGUUUGCUGAAGAGCUGUGGACAGUUGCUGGCUCAUACUGCAAGUGUGAUGGAGAAGGAAAGAGACUUUAAAAAUCAAGGGGUUCCUGCCAAGUAAAUUAAAUUCUGUUAAUGUAGGGCUCCAGGAAGCUGACAACCUGCUACAAGCUUAAGAGCUGAUGGACUGUGGAUUACAUGUGAUUGGUCAUUGCCAGAAGAAGUUUGAGUUGAAAAUAAAUCAUUUUUCCAGCUUAAUUGUAGCCUGUGAUUGUAGAAGCUCAAACAAAUUAGCUAUUAAUGGGAUCAACAAAUCUUACAAAGCUGUUGUAUUGCAGUAUCUGUAUGAAAUCAAAAUCCAUCUUUCUGACAUAUAGAAUGUGUAUUUGAUACUUUUCGGAUAAAUCUGAUGAAUUGUAAUGAAUUGCAGUCCAUGGGGGUAGAUGAGAAUAUGGGGAUAGUUCUAAGUAGAACUCCAUUAACUCUGCAAAAGACGAGAACAGCCAUAGCGCGAAAUAGAAAUAUUACACUUUUGAAUCAUAAGGAAAUAGAGCCAGUUUCACAAAUACUGGUCUUUAUCAUUGCAAGAAAUUGACAUUUUAAAAAAGCAAUUACACAUCAUUUGUAUGAAAAGAAAAGACAUUUGUUAACUUUCAUAACCUAAUAGAUUUUACUGAAUUUGAUCUUAGUGAUUAAUGAAUGAAGGACAUAUAUUGUCACGAAUCAUACAAACACAUCAUUUGUGCUCACAUACACUGUUAUGUGGUCAAGAGACUUAUUGGGGUUCCUGUACAUUACUGUUUGUGUAUGGCUCCUGUCACCUGGAAAUGAAUCCCAUUAAGAGUACAUGUUGUGGAAUUGACUGUUUAUUUUGUCAAGGGAAGACAUGUUUAGAAAAAGUUCAGAUAAGCCAUUUGCCCAUUCCCUACAUGCAUCAGAAGACCAAAAUGAGUGCUCUGGGAUCUUUAGUUCAGGUUUGAAGAUCCAUUUUUAUUGUUUUGAAGUAAUUUUAAUGGGGCAUGCUAAGUGAAGUCCCUGACAUAUCAACCAAUGUAAUUAUCCUGUGCUAAGUCCUCCACGCACAUGGAUACAUUUCUGUGGUGCCAAUUGUACACGUGUAAGUUCUCCAGCUUUUGAGGAACACAUACUACACCAAUGAAAUUAGAAUUGGCUCCCUACAAGGAAGAAGUUAAAUUCAGAUUAUAUAAAUAUAUAUGUAUGUGUAUGUAUGUGUGUGUGUGUUCUUUUUAAUGUUCUGUUGCACUUAGGAUACAGGAAGCUGGGGAUAGCAAGCAAAGUUACAUAAUCAGAUCAAAAAUCUGAUUUGUGUGAUCACGUCCUCUGAGCGGCUGGCUACAAAUCUGUUUUACUACUUUCCUGGAAGGCUAUUAAGCUCUGCGGAGUGAACUUACUUCACCCAUGCCAAAUUAAAUUCACACUGUGUUUCUAUACUGAAGUCUGUGGUAAAAGAUGUCUGUCUUCUGUGAUAUCUUUUUAUGGAAUUGUACAUGGUUUAUUACUGUAAAAUGAUGUUGUACUUGCCUAUCACAUGGUGUUUAGCUCCAGAGAUUUUUCUCUUAAUUAUUGGCUCUUCCUCUGUGUGCAUACUUACACAUGUACCAUUUAUUGUCAAUUCAAAUAAAAUAUUUAAAUACA